GUUUCUCUGACUCACACACAGCAAUGAUGGAUCUCGCGAGAAGACAUUAGGCGAGAUCCUAUCAGAUGUUGCUAGUCUGACACUUCACGACAAAUUCAACAACCUUUCAUUUUGCCUCGCUAAACUCAUGACUAUCAUAUAAGGAGGGAGUCUUUUGUUUCCUGUCUUCAACAGUGGAUAAGACCGAUACCCAAUCAUGGAUGGGUUUGUCGGGGAACUGCUUGGUGAGGACAGCUCAGUGGUGGCACGCAUGCAGAAGAAGUUCUGGAAGACCAAACAGGUCCUCAUCAAGGCCACGGGCAAGAAAGAGGAUGAGUAUGUGGUGGCCUCUGAUGCUGACCUGGAUGCAAAGCUUGAGUUCUUCCGCUCGGUUCAGUCUACCUGCACCGAGUUGCUCAAGGUGAUUGAAAAGUACCAGCAUCGGAUCACACGUUUGUCCCAGGAGGAAAACGAGCUCGGCCUGUUCCUCCGCUUCCAAUCUGAACACGACCGCACCAAGGCUGGCAACAUGAUGGAUGCCACCAGCAAGGCCCUUUGCGCCUCUGCCAAGAAGAGGAUGGCGCUCUGUGCGCCGCUGAAACGUUUGCACCAGGAAGUCGAGACCUUCCGACGACGUGCCAUUGCCGACACGUUCCUGACCGUCGGUUACAUGGAGAAGGCUCGCACGGAGUACAGAGGAGCUUUGCUCUGGAUGAAAGACAUCUCUCAAGAACUCGACCCCGACACGUACAAACAGCUGGAAAAGUUCCGCAAGGUCCAAGGCCAAGUGAGGGCUACCAAAAGCCACUUUGAGAAGCUAAAGAACGAUGUGUGCCAGAAGGUGGACAUGCUGGGUGCCAGUCGCUGCAACAUGCUCUCACACUCGCUUUGCAAUUAUCAGACCACCCUGCUUCAGUUCUGGGAAAAGACAGCCCAAACCCUGUCUGGCAUCCAUGAUGCUUUCAAGGGACACGUGCCGUACCAGUUCACCACACUCAAGGACCUGCGGGACCCAUUGGAACAAAUAACCGCAGCGCAACAACAAGAGCAAGAUGAGCAGAUUCUACAGGGAAACACCGAAAGUCUGGUGUGCUUGGAUGACGAUGCAUCGGGACAUGCAGCUGAUCCAGGUGUUUUUCCGAACUCCACUGGCAUGGAGUCAAGACCCGAGGAUGAAGAUGGCGAACAGGGUGACAUGGCUUUCCUCAAAGACUUGCUCAGUCCCAGCUUGGGGCUGACUGACGACUUCAGCGGGGAAUGGCAGGAUGCUUUCGGGCUCUUCGACGCUCCUGCCGGCGGGUCGGCUGCAACUGAGCCGGCUCAACCGGCAGGUCAUGCCGCCCCUGCACCACAGUGCACCUCCCUCAGCCCCACUGGCUUCUUGCCUUCCCAGCUCCUGGAUCACAGUCUGAGUUCCACAGCAGGCUGGUCUACGCCACCUAUGUUUCAAGCACCGCCCCUUCAGCCGCCUCUCGCACAGAACCAGUCAGCUAGACCGGCUCCUGCUUCUGUAGCCAACGCUACUACAGGUGGAUCUAGAGAUAUGUCUGCUUGGUUCAACCUGUUUGCGGAUCUGGACCCACUCUCCAACCCUGACGCUAUUGGACGCUCCGCAGAUGAGCUUCUGAACGCCUGAAACUGUGUAUGAUCUUGAAGUACACUUAAGUUACCUUUGAAAAGCCAACUUUCUAGUUUGGGAGCUAUUGAUGUCUGUCUUUUGCAUACAUUUUUGCACCCUCACACCCGCACAUAAUGUUAGACUCUUUUUUGUUUGCCAUUACUUUUCAUUCUUCUGCUUGUGCCUGCAGGGUGCAGCUUUUAUCCCGGAUGAGUUUUGGGCUUUAUCGCAUACACAACACAUUCCAAAGAAGAUUUUGAACACGUACACGGAUACAUUUGUGGUGUACAUAUGUGUCUGAGCACAUUCCCAGAGCCCAUUGGAGCUCCACAAAGUUCUGCCUCUGCAUUACUAAAUUGUGUAAAAUGCUCAUCAGGAUAAUCUUUGUUGGCUAUAUGUGGUGAAGAGCACACAACUUAACGCAUUAAGAUUACUCAUGUGACAAACGGACAUGAGUAGAAGGAUUUAGAAAGGGACAUUGCACCAACCAUAAAAUAACCAGCAAGAAGUGGACUCUUUAUAUGGUUUAGACAGUGCUCUAUGAGAUGUCAUUUUCAAUGAAUUAAGCUCGCUGCUAAUAUUUGAAUCAGUAAUUGACAAAUAAAAAAAUGUUUACUCCUGACCAGUGCUAAGUUUGACACCAGGAGGGCCAGUAAUUGAUGUUUUGGUAAGUACAGCUUUACGCUCAUUUCUCCUGUAUUGAUCACACCUUUUUUCUUCUGUAAUUUACUUUAAGGAUGUGCCAUGGCAGUACACCUGCAAUUCACUUCUGUUUAGGACUGAACCUUUUUAUAUGCAGAUGGAAGAAGAAAAAAAAAGGAAA